AUGUCCGACAUCACCGGGAAAGGAAACCAAGGUAUGAAGACUUCAAGCACCAGCGCCGAAGACGGUUCUGGCCAUGAGAUCGGCAUUGGUGAUGUCCAGACCGUAACACUUGAUAAACCGUUCCAUCUCUGGAGCGCACUAGGAAUCUCGUUUUCCGUUACUUCAGUACCCUUGGCGAUUGGGACAUAUCUGUCUGUCAGUGUGGGUGUUGGCGGUAGUCCAGUAUACUUUUUUGGUUACAUCGUUUCUGUUAUCUUCAAUCUGUGUAUCUGUGCGUCCUUAGCAGAACUAGCUGCUGUUUUCCCACAUUCCUCAGGCCAGGUAUACUGGACAUCCCAAUUGGCACCCCAGCGAUAUGCUCAUGGCCUCAGUUACCUCGUCGGCUGGCUGACAGCGGCUGGGUACUUCUUCUGGACAGCAGCCACCUUCCUCAUCACCUCUGAGUUGAUAUUCGCAUUAGUCCAAAUCUGCCAUUCCCAUUUUACUCCUCUAGCAUGGCACUACUAUAUAUGCUAUUUUGCGGUCGGCCUUUGGGCCCUGUUGCCAAACACGGUAUUAUUCAAAUGGUAUCCUCUAUUUCUGCAGGGCCUGGUGGUCUACAUCAACCUCGGCAGCCUGUUUAUCCUCAUCCUGCUACUUGUUCGGUCAAGCCCCAAACAAACGAGCGAGUAUGUAUUCAAGGACUUUGUGAACCAAACCGGUUGGUCAUCGAAUGUGGUCGUGUUCUUCAUCGGUCUGCUACCAGGUCUCACAGCCAUCAACGGGUUCGAUAGUGCCGCACACAUGGCUGAAGAAAUGUCCGAACCUUCUCGACAGGUUCCCCAAAUUAUGUGCAUCAGCGCAGUGGCAAGCGCCAUUGCUGGACUACCGAUGAUUUUAGUGUACACCUUUUGCAUUACGAACCCCGAAAAUCUGUUAGACCCAAUGGGUGGCCAGCCCAUCAUCCAGCUGAUGGUUGACUCUUUCCACUCACGUCCACUUUCUAUCAUCGGAACCCUGAUUUUCAUUAUUUGUUUUGCAUGUGCUGGCGUCACGUUGUUGACAACGUUCACCCGAGUUUGGUGGUCUCUAGCGCGUGAAGGCGGUGUUCCUUUCUCCAAAUUCAUGGCUAAGACCAGUCAAUCAUCGCAAAUACCGAUCAAUAGCAUCAUUUUCUGUGUGAUUGCCUGUUCUCUGGUUGGUCUUCUUGAACUCGGGUCUGCAACAGCACUGAAUGCGAUUUUGGGCUCCGCCGUUCUCUGUAUAUUUUCCUCAUACGCCAUUCCCAUUGCUUGCUCUCUGUUGGGUAAACGAUCUGCCGUCGCAAGGCCACAUUAUUUCAGUUUGGGAAAGGCGCUUGGUACAAUCUUGAAUCUGAUUUCGGUCGUGUGGAUCUUUUUUGUGUUUGUCUGGCUGUGCUUUCCUUUAUAUCUCCCAGUGACGAUGGAUAACAUGAACUGGGCGGUUCUGGUUUGCGCUGUGGUCAUUUUGAUCAGCGGGUUCAAUUGGCUGAUACAUGCGAAAAAUGGGUUUCGAAUUCCGAGGGCCGUAUGA